AUGCUGUCCUCUUCCCCUGGAUGGACAUCGAACGUCUCGCAAGCUGAGCUCCUUGUCACCCGCGCAUGCAGCCCUCACUUGCAGGAACCCAACUAUGCCCUGCAUCUUGAGGUUGCAGAAUACAUCAACCAGAAGAAGGCCAAUACACCGCGUGAGGCGGCUAUGAUGAUCGCAAGAAUUGUGAACAACCGCAAUCCCCAUGUGGCUAUGCUCGCACUCGCGCUUCUUGAGACCCUUGUUCAGUCCUGCGGAUACCCAUUCCACCUACAGAUCGCGACAAAGGAAUUUCUGAACGAGCUUGUUCGUCGAUUUCCCGAACGACCACCUCCCUUCCCUGGCCCCGUCAUGUCUAGGAUACUAGAUUUGAUCAAUGAUUGGAAGGAGGGUAUUGCGGCGGAGUCGAGAUGGAAGGAAGAUUUAGGGAAUGUACGCGACAUGCAUCGUCUGCUUACAUUCAAGGGCUAUCGGUUCCGUGACCGACCACGACCGCCGCCGAUUGCAUCUGCAUCUAAUCUCAAAUCCGCUGAAGAGCUCGAACAAGAAGAUCGUGUAGCACAAGAGGCGAAGUUACAAGAGCUCAUCCGGCGCGGUACACCUCGGGACCUCGCCGCAGCGCAAGAGCUCAUGAAAACUCUCGCAGGUGCAAAUCCAGAUGCGAAGCCGGACUACCGCACCCAGUCGCUCACAGAGCUGAACAAGCUCGAAAGUAAGGUGAUUCUGCUGAACGAGAUCCUCGACAACGUGGACACAACGCGGGGAGAGAAAUUUGUGAAGGGCGACGUGUACGAUCAAGUUGCCUCCAUUCUCACAGAGGCGCGACCGAAGAUUCAGGGAUGGAUUUCCAAUGCAGAAACUGACGAUCCAGAGUCACUGGAUACAUUCUUGCAAAUCAACGAUCAGCUUAACUCGGUGCUCAACCGAUACGAGUGCUACAAAAACGGUGAUUAUGCCGCGGCCUCGAAUCCCAUCCCUCCCGAACUCGGCGGCGGACGACCAAAUGACUUGUCGUUGAUCGACUUCGACGAUUCUUCAGAAAGUGCGAAUAUCGGCGCAAACAGCUCAUCUGGCGUGAGUGGCCAUGCAACGUCAAUAGAUGAACUUGCGAGCCUCUUUGGGCCAUCGGCUCAGCCUGUAAGCGGUGCGCACCCACAAUCGAUGGGUAUGAGGGAAACGGGAGGGGAGUUUGGGAUGAGAAUGGGCUCCGGUAUGGGAAUGGGUACAGGCAUGGGUAUGAACAUGAGUGCGCCUGCACCUUCAAACAUGACCAUCAAUGGCUUCACCUCUGGCAUGGGCAUGGGAACUAGAGUGGGUGCAGGCCCGUCCCCAGCUCUCAAUCAGGCUACUCGUCCGGUCACAGCGUCGCCACAUCAGGACACCCAGCUAGGCAUGAUACGAAUAGGUACUCCCCAGGCACAGCUGGCGUCUGGGUCAGGACCUUUGACUCCUAUAUCGACCCAGACGCAGAUGCCGAACUACUAUAGCUCAUCUUCCGCUUCGCCUGCGAUAGGCAUGGGGACGGGUUCGGGCGCACGGAUGGGUGGGAUGGGCAUGACGGGGCAGUCUGGGAUGCAGCCGAUACAGCCCCAGCAAAUAUUUGGCCAGCAACAACGACCUACGAACGUCGCUAGCAAUCCUACCGGCGGGACACAGGGGAAAGAUCCUUUUGCAGAUCUAGUCGGACUGUUCUAG